AUGCUCACGAAUGCAAUCCAUUUCAACGACUUCGAUCCAAAAUCGGUACGCUUCAAAGUAGCAGAGGCCGGCACUGUGGUCGUCGUUAGAUAUGAGCCCGAAGGACGCAAUGAUGGCGACCGGGAGCAGGUCAAGGAAUAUAUCAUGAAAGAAUAUGGCUGCACAGCGCGAAAGGAUGGAACAGCCAACGAGAAGGCACAUGAUUAUACUUUCUUAAACCCCGAGGAGAAAAAAGCCGGUUUCUUGGUGUUCGACUUCCCGGUCCAUGAGGAAGCCUACCGAUGCCAAAAGGAGCUCGACGGGAAAAAGGCGUAUGUAGAGUUCUCACUGACUUAG